ACAACAACAAGGAACAGCAGUGAUUUGCCUGUGAUGAGUGGCGAAGGCACUGGUUUGGGGGCCCUUGGCCCGCUAGCGGGGUAUUGGGAAAAAGUCAGUUGAACUCGUAUUGUCUUCCUCUCACUUACUGUCACUUGUGCAAAGCUAUUUUGGGUCAGAGAGAUGCUGUCUGAUUGGGCAGGCAGAAUCCUCUUGUAUCCAAAAUCAAAGUUAAAAAAAGACAAACUCAACAAAACAAAGAAACUGAAACUUUGGUUUCAAAAGGCGAAAGGUUUUGAUCUGUUGUGUGUGGGUGUUUUUGAGGGUUAGAUUGAUUGACAUGCUGCCUGGUACAAUGCUCAACUUAAAAAUUAUUCUCAUAUCGACUGGAUUGAUACUCCACUGUACUAAACGAUAUCUUGAGAUACACUAAAAAAAUCAAUGAUACUGUGUACUCUAAUCUGAUACUCCAGUGUACUAUAUUUUACAUUUUAGUCAUUUAGCAGACGCUCUUAUCCAGAGCGACUUACAGUUAGUGAGUGCAUACAUUUUUCAUUCUGACAUUGAGAUACUCUCUGAUUCUAAAUGAUACCGUGUACGAUACUCUGUGAUGGCACUAAAUUAUAUUUUGACGAUGCAAGUAUCGGGAUAUAUUUUCCCAUGCAUUAAAUGAAAACACGAAGCAGACUAUACUCUUUGGGCCUUUAAAAACCUGCUGUAUGUAAAAUAUUGUGUGCUAUAGCUUGACAAAUAAAUAAAUGUGACUCUGGAUGACAACAUAAUGUUUGUUUACAACAUUAGGGCUGUCUUCCUAAAGAAGUUAAAUAUGCUUCAUGUUUUGUCUUCUUGCCAAGAUACUAACGAGUAUCACGAUACUGGUGAUACUCUAUUGUACUCAACUUUACUCAAUGAUACUGUACAAUACUCUGUGUAAUUACUGUAUGUGGUUGACCAGGUUGCCCUCCCCUACUGAUAUCUAUCAGGGUAUUAACAUAUUUUGUGAUUGGUCCCUGCAGAUCCAGGAGCGCUCAGCUUUGUUGGAGACCUGUCCAUGGUGUGCUGCUAAAGGACAGACUCAGGCCCUGCGCUCCUACAGGAUCAACUUCCAGGAGUUCAUCACUCUCUGCACUGACCCACAGUGCCUGUUUCCCCUGGUCUCCAGGCCUUUGGAGGAUGUCCUGGACAGCCUCGUACCCCCUCUACUCCAAACUCAGACGGGGAACAAGAGGAAGAGCCCCUGCGGGUUGGAGAACGGAGACCCUGUACCUUCCCCCAAACGUGCACGAUCGGUGGAUUCAGAAGUGGCAGAGGAGGCCGUAUCACAGAGUGGAGCUCUAUCAGUCAGCAGCAUCGCCAACAAACUCAAUGGGGGAGAAGAGUGCUUUAAUGGGAAGAAGCGUGCAGUACAGAAGGAAAGAAUCAGCCAGUCAGAACACACCGACAUGGAUGUGGUGGAUAAAACCCUCAAACACCCACUUCCUGAGACUGAGAGGGGAGGGGCCAACGGAUACCACAAGGAUUCUGGUUGGUCGAUGCCAGAAGAAAUGAACCAGGAAGUCCUAGAAGAGGAAGAAGAUGGUGUCUUUCUCCCAGAGGAGGGUACACCUACCUUAGACAAGGGUUUGCCUCUCCAAGAGAAGACUGUACCGGUCUUACAGGUGGCCGUUUCUGUUGUAGAGCCUACCGUAGAGACUGAAGGUGCACCAAAGGUGGUUAAGAUUAUCUCUACCUUAGAGGAGGCUGUAUUUGCCCUAGAGAAGACUUUAUCUGCCCCGCAGGUAGCCAUUUCUGUCCAUGAGAAGAUUUCACCUCCCUUACACGUGGCCGUUUCUGCCUCAACGUCUGCCCCAGAGAAACCGUUGGCCAAGGCUGCCUUAGUGGAAGUUACACCAGCACAUCAGAAGGUUAACCCUCCCUUACAGGACACAGUCUCUCUCUUAGAGGCUCUGACUGCCCCAGGGGAAGCUACACCAGCACAUCAGAAGGUUAACCCUCCCUUACAAAGGACUGUGUCUGCACCCGAGGAUGGUGUGUCUGCACCCGAGAAGGUGGGGACACCUGCCAUGGAAGCUGUCCUCGUGUUGCAGGAAGCUCUGACCGUCUUAGAGGAGGCUUCACCUGGCAUUAACAAGGGUCUCUCUGUCUUAGAGAAAGGUGAGGAAGAGGAGUGUUUAAUGGAGGAGGAGGAGGAGGAGGAGGAAGAAGUGGUUACACUUGUGGCCUUGGAGGCUGUCCCUGCCUCAGAGAAAGACGAGGAGCAGGUGGAUGAUGAGUACGGAGAGGAGGAUCUGCCUGUCUUUGACGAGGAAGAGGAGGAAGAGUGCCCCCCAGAGGUGAUGUGUAGGCCCUGUAGUGUGGACCUCAGUCAGAGCAAAGUGCCUGUUGAAGUUCAUGUUGUGGGGGAUGAUGAUGAUGAAGAUGCUGGUCCUAUCAGAGCUAGAAGAAGAGCUCAGAACGCCCGGCAACUAAUCAGUAGCGAGGACGAGAUGACUGACGCAACCAUGGAAACGGAACAGGAAGGAAGCGUCACGGAGGAAGUGGAAGUCGUGGCACCACCGCUGAAAAAGAAAAUGGGCCGGCCGAGAAAGACUCCUAUUAUUAAAUACACGCAGGAAGUGGGUCCCCACUUUGACCCGGAAGUUAUCUUGACUGGGGAGUUGGUCCCGGUUCCCGGGCCUCACCUGUUCUGGAGGAAUGAGAACAGUCUGUGUUGGCUGGACACCUUGCUGGUAGCGCUGGUCCACUGUCACACCCUGAGGGACAGACGACCCACCAAGAGGCCCACUGUAGGUCAACCUGUCUGGGACCUGUGUGAGAGAUACGACCGGGCCUGUGGUCUCAUUACAGCCUACCAACACACUGACGCAGACGGUGUAGUCAGAGUGCCCUCUGCGGUGUUACAGAGGGUCCAGACGGAGAUGCAGACCGUCAGGAUGUCCAUCUUUAAACUGCUGGAGCCUCUACUGAAAUGCAAACUGGGUCAGAAUGAGACGCCGGUGUUUGCCCUGCCUCUCCUCCUCAGGGCUGACUCAUGGGCCGAGCCUCUUUUCCAGCAAGCAUAUGAGUGGCAGUUUGAGUGUAUCUCAACAACCUGCCAGCACGCCACCAACACCAAAUGUAAGAAGACCCUCACCACUUUCACCAAGGUGGUUUCUGAUUGGCACCCUCUCAACGCGGCCCACCAAUCACGUUGCAGCAAGUGUAAUAAGAGGAAGCAGACCAGGAUGUUGGUGCUGGAGAGGGUGUCUCCUGUGUUUGUGCUGCACUUUGUAGAAGGUCUCCCUGACAACGACCUCAGUGUGUACUCCUUCACCUUCCAGCAGCAGAAAUACUCCGUCACCACCGUCAUACAGUAUGACCAGCAACUCAAGCACUUUGUCACCUGGAUACGCAGACCAGACGGAUCAUGGCUGGAGUUCGACGAUCUGAAGCACCCUAACUGUGUCUCCCACACCCAGCUGGUGGUCCCUCCUAGAGAAAUCCAUGUUGUCUUCUGGGAGUUGAAGACCAACAGACCGGACAACCCACAGACACCCUGCUCUCCCCCUGUAUCCCUGACAAGCACUUUCCUGAUACAGAAAGAACUGAAGCAACCUCCCUUAGCCAAACUCUUUGUCAACAAUGAAUCUCAAGACAUCUCUCAGAGGGUCUCUGACGAUCCGGACACUGACAUGGACACCACCAUAACUGCUGGCUAUAUUGAUAACGUUAUGGACACAACGUUAACGAAUAACGUUGACUCUCCCAUCUCCAUCGGUUCCACCACCGUGCUUCCUGGCGUACCGGUUCAGUCCUGUGACCACAACCUUUCUCUCCCCCUCCUUCACAACGACACGGCCAUUGUCGAGGCACUGACGGUGUCUGAUGAUACCGACAACGACAUCAUGGACACCACGGUAACCAUUGGUAACUCAUCCAUCAGUAGCACCACACUGCUCGACACCUUCGAGGGCCUCUCCCACGAUGACAUCGUCACCCUGACGCUCGUAGAGGUCCAAGUUGACUCUGAUGGGAGGCCGUUGGACGACAACGUCUCCCUAGCUCCCAGGCAAACUGGAGACCUCACUUCUCCUCGACCUGCUCCUACACCUGAGGCUGAGAACCCCGCACCUGCCCGUGAAAUGCCCCCUGAAACAGAUGAUGACAUUGUCAUCAAAAGGCCAACGUCCCCCGACACUGCCAGUGAGUUUCUCCUUGACAACAGUGACGGUCAUUCUGAGCCCGACUCUGAAGAGCCCACUCCUCCUAGUCCUCCCAAGCUCAGAAGGGGCAGAAGCACCAGCAGUAAACCCAAAAUGGUAGCAUCCAACACUCCAGUUGCACCAGCAGCUAAGGUGGUCACAUCAACAACACCACCAAGAACAGCUACACCAAUGGCACUUACUGGAAACUGUGGCGGAAUAAUCCUGCCCUCAGUUGUAUCUAUGAUGUCACCAUCAUAUGUGGAACCCAGCACCCCAGCACCAGAGUCCCCUACUCGUUGCUCUCCCCCGCCCCACUCCAAACCCGCUAAUACCUCCACGUCUCUGCAGAGCAAACCCGGCCUUCCUCCGCCCCUGGACCCCAACUCUCGCUGGUCCUACCUGCUUAGCCGCCACCCCACCUCCACCCCAACUCCCCCCAGAACCCAGAGACCACCCAGCCACUUCAACCACUCAACACCCAACCAGUUCCAGCAGCUUUCACAGAGCAGGCAGACCCCAAAGGUGUCUCCCCCCAACCCAGACGCCAGGCUGAAGAAGCCUCCGCCUCUACCCAAACCCAAACUGAGUAAGGUGGACAACGAGACCCUGCCGGUGAAGGCUGCCGAGAUGUACGGAAGGUUCCAGGCCAGGAGCAGGAACGUAAAUACAAACAUAAACGAUGUCCCCUCCAAGACUUCACCUCCCACCCAGCUCCUCUCUCAAAGAACUGACCCUCAAAAUGGCGUCUGGAAGACACCAAGUCAACCUGCCGCCCUUGUCUCGCGAAAACCCCCUAUCAACCACACCACUUCAGCAGUGCCUAUUAUGACCUCACUUCCCCCCUCUCCAGGAGUCACUGAGCUCCCUAAAAUCUCUUCCUCCAGGAAACACAGCCCCGGAGGCCAGGGCUCGAAAGUUCCGGCUGGCCUCAGUGAGACGGAGGCCCUCAGGUACAAGCUGCUGAAGAAGCUGAAAGCCAAGAAGAAGAAACUGGAGAAGCUGAAUCAGAUGUUGGGGUACCCCGGGGGGGGAGUGACCUGCAGACCAGACAUGGCUGAUCGGAAUCCCUCCUACACCGUGAGCUCUAGUACCUCUGUCUACGACAGCCCCGCAUACGACGAGUUCUUCGCCGACCUUCUGUCGCCCGCGACGACCGCAAGCAACCUAUCACCGGACAGCACAGGCUUCCUGGAGAUGCUGACCACCAAUGGUCAAGAAGGGGGCGGGGACUUGGCAUGUGGGGGGAAUGGUAUUGGUGGAGCCUCACAGGUGGUGACACCUGUGACCUUGCAACCGGCCAGUCACUAUGUAGUAGUGCCACAGCCUGAUCUAGCCGGGCCAAUCACAACCUCUGGUGAGAACUUCCUGGAAGAGUUCAUAUCAGGUUCGGCCAAUCAGCAGACGGAGAUGGAGACUGAAACCCUCAGUGCUCUCGACAUGUUCUUUUAGGCUCGUUAACCACAGGUCUAGGAUCUGCUAACAACUCUUACCUAACCCCUAAGCUUAAACAUUAGGGGGAAAUACAAAGCUUACCUCAGAUCAGUGGCUAAGGUUACGUCUGAAAUGGCACCCUAAUCCCUAUAUAGUGCACUAUUUUUGACCAGAGCCCCUGGUUAAAAGUAGCACCAUAGAGAUCCUAUUAAAUUAAAGUAUUCUAAUUAUAUGAGUAGUGCACUAUAUAUAGGGAGUUAGGGUGCCGUUUCGGAUGCAGACAGUUUCUAGUACAAACUACAUGCUACUAUUCCUUUGUCUGGAGAGAGUGUGUGUGUGUGCACGUGCUUGGCAUCAAUGGGUUGUUCUGUUCUGGGUAGCAUGUGUUACACAGAGCGGAAUCAAAUAAAAUGACAUUGGUUGUCUUACCCUGUAAACAAUCUAUGGACAAGGUAUGACAGCAAUCCAUGCUUUGGUUGUUUCCACGCUCUUAACGUUUUAGCAUUUGUGGCACAAAUCCCAUCCAAGUCAUGGGGCUUUAAUUUGGGAGAACUAUCCCUUUAACUCGGAUAUCGCUCAUGUAUUUUUUUGUUUAGCAAGAAUGUUGAAGCUGAAAUGGAGUAAUGUUAAUACUCGCUGAGGCUUCGUCCCAAAUGACACCCUAUUCCCUAUAUAGUGCACUACUUUAGACCAGGGCCUGUAGGGGAUAGGGUAUCAUUUGGGACGAACCAUUAUACUUACAGGUUCUGAGGCUUUAAGGGAGAUAAAAUAUGGAGGUUGUUUCAGAGUAUUCUGUAAAGUUAAUAGACCAAUUAUUUGAUCCUGCUUUUGUGGAGGGAAAAUAAAACCUCCAGAAGACAUCAUAUGUACUGUUGUUGUUUUGGUUUGCUUUUUUUAUAUUUGUUUGUCUGAAUUACUUUAACCUGAGCUAGGAUAAAAGCCUGACAUGUAGGAUAAAAAUGGGUUUGUGUUUUAGGGGUGGUUCGAACUCUUAUCUUAUCCAAGGUUUGAAUAUAUUUUUGUAAUACAAAGUGUGACAGAGUUGUACAAUGUUGUACUGAAUCAGAUACUGUAUGUAAUUCUAAUAAAAUAACAUCUUCUUGACAUGGA